AUGGACGGAACUAUUAUUCUCACCGGUGCAUCCGGCGCCUUGGGCCAGGAACUUGCAAAACAGCUCCUCCUCCGCCCUCAAUCAUAUACAUUCCUCUUCCCCGUUCGCAGCAGGCAAAAUGCACAUGCACAGAAGCUCCAGCAAUUGCUUGAUACCCAUGGCACAGGGGUUCAUACGACCAGCAUGCCGGAGGUCGACCUUGCCAGCUUCGCCUCCAUCCGUGCCUUUGUUUCAGACGUUAACAGCAAAGUAUCAACAGGAGAAAUUCCCCCAAUCCGCGCCCUGAUCUUGAACGCUGCGUUUUUCUUCCAGAGAAGCGGCCUUCAGUUCACAGAGCAGCAGACCAAGAAUCAGCCUCCAUUUGAAAUGCACUUUGCGGUCAAUCAUCUGGCCAACGUCCUCCUUACGCUGCUGCUUCUCGAGUCGAUGGACCCGCAGCACGGCCGCAUCGUGUAUACUUCCAGCUGGGCACAUGACCCCAAUAGGCCGGAAAACCAGCGGUCGGCACCGGAAAAGCUGCCGUGGGACGUAGGCGAGCUAGCGCAUCCGGACAUGCGCAAAUUCGAAUCGGAUCCGACUCGCAAUCGAGACCCGGAGGCGGAGGGCAUGCGGCGAUAUGGGGCUUCAAAAAUGGCUCUUAUCACUUUCAUGCAUGCGUUGCGGAAGCGUUUAGAUAAGGUGCCCAGAUUGGAAAAUAUUAGCAUUGUCGGGGUCGACCCUGGUGGAAUGCUGCAUGAGCAUGUAGUAGAAAGGGCGUCGUGGGCCAAUCGAAUCUCGACAGUGCCGUUGAUUCGAUUGUAUGUGCUACUCGUGGCGCAGUACUGGUGGCCGAAUGGCAUGUUUCGUACCGUUAAGAAGUCAGCGCAGGAUUUGCUGCACGCGACGUUGGAAUCCAAUGCUUCCUGGGUUCAACCCAAGGAUGCUUAUUUCAAUGGGAACGAGCCAGCAGAGAGUGCAGCAGCGUCAAAAGAUCCAGAGAGGCAGAAGGAGCUGUGGCAGAUGAGCUUGGGGUAUGUCGAGCUGGAGGAGAGUCACACAGCGUUGGACGCUUCUUUCAAACGUCCUCCCGAUAAACCUAGAGUUUGA